AAGACCCCCAAUCCAGGGAGUCGGAGGUUACAGCUGCCGACCACCGACUUUCAUUUCUAAGGUCUGAUUAAUCCCAAUGGAAGUUUGAAGUCAUUGUUGAUAUUCCAACUAUACCAUCAUCAAGAACAUAACGACAUCACCAACAUGACCACCACAAUUCUCCCCCUCACCCUGUACGGCAAAGGCGGUCCCAACCCACCCCGUGUGGCUACCAUCCUCACCGAGCUCUCCAUCCCAUACACCACCUUCGCAAUCCCUCUAUCCACCGUCAAACAACCCUCCUACACCGCCAUCGACCCCAACGGCCGCCUCCCUGCCUUCCAUGACCCCAACACUAACCUCACUAUCUGGGAGUCCGGAGUCAUCAUCCAAUACUUGAUCUCCAGAUACGACAAAACCCACAAGAUCAGUUUCCCCGAAGGCACCAGCAAGAGCUAUCUCACCGCGCAGUGGAUAUUCUUCCAGGCUAGUGGACAGGGGCCUUACUAAGCAAGCGUCGUGGUUCAAGGCGUUUCAUCUGGAUAGGGUGCCGAGUGCGGUGGAAUGGUAUGUCGGGGAGAUUAACAGGGUGACGGGGG